AUGAGAGGAUCCACCCCCGUUUUUCCCGUCCAGAGUAAUCUCUUCCAGGGAAGCCCCAGCCCGACCAUCUUUCCACCUUUUCCACUAUCAUCUCACUGUGAGAAAUGGCGGCAAGUACCCUCACGUACCGCUCCUGCUCGCCGGGAAUUUUCCAAGAGCUUCCGCGAUCGAGCUGCUAACCCUGUUGAUCUGAUUUUUGGGUCCCGCUGUCGCUGUCCCUCAUACACUAUUCGUACAGACCCGACCACAUCAGACUUUUGCUUUGGCACCCGGCAUCAUCAGCCACCAAUCUAUCCGUCUUCACUGCCUCAGCUUCUGAUCGCACUCCCCCUUCAGCAGAGUUCAAUGGGCUUUCGACCUAUCAUGGCACAUGGUAAUUGGUACGGAUACCUGUUGUCGGGGCUGCUGGACGCUGCUUCCAGGGAUGCUACCUUGAUCCUCACCAGACGUACCGCACGGAGUACCAUCUACCAUCGGCCGGCGCCAAAGGUUGUUCAUAACGGCCCCUCCUCUACUACUAUGACGGAUAACAGUCUAUUCGCCGGCUUGGGUGGGAUGGAAAUAGCCCGGUUUGGCCGCAGACAAAUAAAGAAGCCCGAGCCGAGGCAAGCAAUAGCAGCAAUAGCGAAAUGCGAGCGGGAGUUCUUCUGCCUGCCACUCCGCGAUCUGCGCCUGAUCGUCACUGACAAGAUCACAUAUGCAUUCGAGGUGCGAACUCAAGCCAGCUUAUCCCACGGCAGAAAUGGGAUGCCCAAGCUGCCAUCACUUAAUCGGGUCAAGUUCUUGAUCCUGUUCUUUGGACGGAACUUAGCCCAACCAUCGCAGGUCCACAUCGACAUCCCCGGAUGCGCUAUAUCCAAGGGCCGUCAUAUUCGCCUGGUGUUCCUUGACUCCGUCAUGGCGAUUGUUCCAAGGCAACCCAUCUCAAGCUACGAGCUACCUACUGAGGCACGUUCGGGCUUCACCAAGACGAGACAUGACGGUCUGGCCUUAAUGAAACCACAAGUUGUGUACAAACCACCACGUCGACUGCAGAUGGACACCAGCACUGGCCAUGUUGACCGCCUUGUUUUUCCACGACCGGAAACGCUGCGUUUCCUCGUCAGCCGCCUAGUGGCCUGUCACAUCCACUUUCUACGCAAGAUGGCAAGAUAUUCUGCCCGUCCUCAACUUCGCCCUAGGCCUUGGCCACCAAACUCAAAAUGUGCGAUUAUAAUUUCUCCAAAGAUCGGCCGAGAUGAGGAGGAGCACUCUCUUCGCGGCUAUCAGACUUCAUCUCCCGCCUACAGAAUUUUGAUCAUUAUCACUUCAAUCGUCUUAGCCCUCCAGUAUCUAAAUCUGGGAUCGGUCAUAUCUCUUUCCCGGAUCAACGCCCCCUUGCUCAAGCGAGAUUUAGUUAUGUCCAGCCUUCAAGCCACCGACUUUGAAACCUUCAGCGUGUCUGCCACGAGGUUUCUCACGGCGAGCUGGACCCACCUUGUCGAAGCCCACUUGGACCCAUCCCGAUCCUCACGAACCUGCGUCGUCCUCAACAUCAUCAUCACCUGUACGGAGGACUCCCUAGACAAUCUCGCAGCUCACGAACCCCGUCAUCAAACCUCUGGCGGCGUUGGCCUGGCCUGGACUCUACACGAAGCCACGCAACACGAUGCCAUCAUGCAGAUGCGCCUGCUUGCAGCUUUUGACUCUGAUGCCGUUGUACAGCCCUGCACUCUGUCAAACAAUGUACAGGUGCCUGGCGAAAGGGUUCGUCUGCACCGCGCGGGCGCAGACGAGACGCAGAGACGCCCCACCUUGGACCUUGGGGUGCCGCCAUUCCUCUUCCAUGCCAGACCAGCCGGCCCGGAGCCGAUGUCUGCCAACGUUGUGCAUGCGGUGCACACCGAGUCUCCCGUAUGCCAUGCACAAGCCCACUUCACACAGGCCUUUCGUUCUCGGAACAAGACACGUUACGAUGCCGCAAGCAGAGGAGCAUGCAACGUCCUGACGAACUUAUGCUGCGGAAUGCAAUGCGGCCUGCUACACCACCAUGCUUUUUUGUUCCGGCCGUCUUCGAAUCAACGAAAUACUUGGUACGGAUACGCUUCUCAUGCUUUUUGGGUCUCGAAAGUUCACAACAUCCACCAGAAUACCACCGAAGCCUCCUUCAAAUUUCCCAGCGUCCAGAUACCGGCAAGCCCCAAACACAUCUUUGCCUCCCGUCAAAGUCAAAAUCAUUCCAUCAAGUCCAGGAAUACGGGGAUCCAGACAAAGGCACGCGGCGAAGUAUUCCCCGGGGCGGCGAUGGAGGAAAAAUGUGACGAGUUUCUGGGUACUCCAUCUCCGUACCUACCCCUUCGCGCUCAGCGCGCCUAG